CGAACCGAACGAGGCCGCGGUUUCGUGUCCACGGGUUCGCGUCCCAGUCUCGGCGUUUAUAUUUUAUUCUUAAACGUUAUUAUUUUCUUCAACAAUGAAAUCGAUUAAUCAUUACAAUUAAUCGUCGUCGUCGUCACCGCCUUUAAUAAUUAGUUUAGGAGGGUUUUUUUGCGCGUUUGUUUAUCCGUAAAAGGGUUGGUGGUGGUGGAGUUGUUUUCGUUUGUUGAGGCGCGUAUCUGAGGCCGCGCUGAUGGUUGACGCCUCCCGCCUAGGCCCGACUUGAGGUUGGGGCGGGGAGGUGUGGGGCCGACGAUCCGCGAGCGGCAUCGGCAGGCGAGAGAGACGCAUCCGUACAUACCACCACCCCCCCCCAACGGCUCUUGGGUGAUUUGCGUUUUAGAAGUCGUAAGCGGACAAUGCCAGUCCCUCCCCCACCCCCGCCACCCCCCGCGGCUCCCCCGCCCCCCACCUUCUCGCAGGCCAACACUGAGCCUCCCAGGCUACCGCGCACGGAGCAGAGGGGCAGGGGAGCGCUGCUCUCCGACAUUCAAAGUGGGGCGCGUCUGAAGAAGAUCGUGACAAACGACCGCAGCGCACCCCUCAUAGACAAACCCAAGGGAGGGGGCGGUGGCGGUGGUGGUGGUGGCGGCGGUGGUGUUGGCGGGCUAUUUGCCGGUGGCGUCCCUCAACUGCGUCCUACCACGGCACGGGACAAUGGAGAUUCCGGCAGCAUCAGCAGCAGCGGUGGGAGCCGAGGAGCGAUGCACCCGCCGCCGGGCGGCCGUCCCGCCGGCAUCUCCCUGACGCCACGGCCGUUCUCCAGCGCUGGCAGCAGCAGCAGCAGCGGCACCAGCAGCAGUCGAAUGCCGAGCCCUCCUAGCCGCCCCCGCUCCUCGCUGUACAGUAGCAGCGUCGCCACCAACCUCAACGGCCCUGCGCCCGAACCGUCGGUGCUGUCGUCGGCCCACCAGGCGUACGGCGCCGGCAACCCCGCCGGUUACCGUAGCGGCGCGGGCCAGAGCAAGCCGCACCACGUGGCGCCACCGCCGCCGCCGCCGCACGGCACCAAGGCCGCGUCCCCCGGCGCCCGUCGUCCCUCCUACCCGGCGUCCCCGGCGACGCCCAGGCCCGCCUCGUCGCUCCACUCGUCGUACGCGGGCGCGGGAGGGCAGUACGGCAGCGGCAGCGGCGGUAGCAGCAACAACAACAACAGCCAGCAGCAGCAGCUGCGUCAGAGCAGCCAGCCGCCCCCCAUGCAAGGCAGGGACAGACCGCCGCCCCCGCACAGGACAUCGAUGAGGAGGGACGCUCCCCCACCGUACCGGGAGCCUUUGACGCCGUCGGCCCACUCGUACGGAAAGGGGGGCCCCCCCGCGCCACCCCCCCACUACUCGAGCAGGAAUGGCGCUCCGCCUCCGCCCGCUCACCGGGGAGAGUCCGGCCGCGGCAUGGCGCCCCCGCCCCCGCCCAGCCGGCACUCCGUGUCGGACGGCCCGGCACUGCCGCAGAGGCAGAACUCGCUGUACCACCCCUCGGGCGGCGGCGGUGGCGGCGGCGGCGGUGGCACACCGAGGUCGGCGGCGCCCCCUCCUCCGCCCGUGGGCAGCAGCAACAGCCGGCCACCCCCUCCCAGCCGGGAACCGCCACACCGGUCGGGCCCACCGCCCCCACUUCCGCCGUCGAGGAACGGCGGUGGCGGUGGCGGCGUUACGUUGAGGGGGCCACCGCCGCCGCCCCCGCCUACUUCCGGCCGCUCCCCCUUCACCUCCGAGGCUCCCCCCGGGAGGAGCCGCGGGGGCCCACCGCCGCCCCCUCCAUCCAGCCGCCCCACCGGUUUCGGUGCCGCCCCUCCUCCCCCUCCGCACGUCAGGAACGGCCCCAGGGACCCGUUCACCGGCGGCCUCGUGUCGCCCAUGGGAGACGACUUUGAGUCUCGCUUCUCCUUCCACCCGGUGGAGCACUUCCCACCCCCGGAGCAGUUCCACAACUUCCCCAAGACCUACCCCAGCCACAGCAACCGGCCAAAUGAUUCCAUUCCGACGCGGCGAGGGGCGCCCCCACCCAUCCCGCCGCUGCGGUGAUCCUCAGGUCCUGUCCGUCCAAAGCCACGUGGACGGUGGUUUGGGGCGGUGGGGGGGGGCGGUUGGUUGGCGCCCUUCAUCAAUGCAGGAAACUCCUCCGGUCGACCGCAGGAAGCUACGAAAAAAAUGUGCUGCACGAUUAGUUAUUUUUAUGGGUGUCUUUAUUCAGUUCUUUUCUCUCACCGUCGAUUGUAUUUUUUUAAAAUGUACAAACAGCGCUGUGCGUCUCUCCCGCGUGUAGUUACGGCGGGGGGGGGGGGCGAAAGGGGACGUGUCUGUGCUCCGUGUGGAUAGGCGGCACGGGUGGCGCGCGCGACGAGUCUGUAACUUCCCUCUCUUCUCCUCUCUCCGCUGGGGAGGGCCCUUUCAGGGGCUCUGGCAUUCGCGCAUAAAGAGGGUCAGUGUUUUGUACCCCUUUGCUCGUUGCGUCGCCGGUAAUUUAAGCUUUGUGCGAACCUCGUUUGGGUUCUGGUCGAGGUGCGGAGAGAGACUGUGAGAGGUGGCGCCAAUCCACUUGGAGUGAUUUUUGUGAAAGAGGCAAGAGGGGAAAAGGGCACGUACUGUGGACGUAAUCAUUUGGGGGCCACUCGACAAUUCGAUGGUUUUGUCGAUAUUCGUGGCGACGAUUGCAAAUCCGCGUCGUCGUCGUCGUUGGUGCUGUAUAUUUGUAGGCCUCGCGGCACGUGUCGAGUCUGCAGCGGGCAUGGAUCGAUGCGACGACCUCCAAAGGUUUUAAAGUUGUGAACGCGUGCGAAUUGUGAAUAAUUCUUGUGCGAAUUGUGAAUAAUUCUUUUGCGCAGAAUGUGAUGCACGUAUCGUGAUUGUGAGGAUCGAUUUUUGCUUGUUUUAUAAAUUAAACGUGUUUGUAGUUGGGGAAACAAUUGUUGAGGAUGAAUGGGGAAGCAUUUUCUGUGGAUUACAAGAUGCUCCUCACAAAGUCAAAUGUCUAUAAAGUUCCGCAGCUCGGGUCUCACACACACACACACAUCCCCAACCUUUGCGCUCAGAUAUAGGCAAAUCGAUGGAAAGAAAAUCUGCAUUUGAUUCACAGAGAAAACAGUGAUGCUUGAGAAUUGUUUCGGAGUUGAACGCCCAAUUUUGUCAGUGUAUUCAGUUCCGUCACUUAAUUUUAUCGCAGCAAGUUCCACCUUUAAAACCCACGUUGGCCGUUCCACCAUCAGCCGUGUCAGCUAUCCCGUUGAUUUGUAGCCGAAUAAGACCAUGAGCUUAACAAUCAUCCACAUUUUUCGCUUUUUUGGUGGGUAGUGCCAUUCCUCAUUGAUUUUUUUUGUGACAAUUGAUUCAUGAUGUGUCCACUGCUGGAUGGCUUUUUAGAGGUGAAGUUGGCGGGGCGGAGAGGGAGGUUUAUCAUCAUCGUCAUGACCAGACGUGUUCCAUCCACGGCUGAAUGAAUGCCUCCCCAAGUCCGUCGCCACCUGCCCCCCGCCCACAGGGUCACGUGAUGUUACGGAUCAGGUCUAGCUCCUGCACAAGAGCCCAUCCCAUCGCUCAAUCUCCUCGGUCGCCACCUUUGGCUGCAGCUUCGAUGAAAUGAAGCAAUCGAGAGGCCUAGACUGACCACGGAGUUGCUGGCGGUGCGAAAGAGCCGAACGAUGAAUUGACGUGACGUAACAACCGUUGCUCGUUCUGUGAAUAUAUCUGGCCCGUGCUAUGUCAGGGGUGCGUGUGAAACGGUUCUGCACCUGGCACGGCAACACGCAGUCCACCUCUCGCUGCGACUGUGGUCACGAGUCACGCGCCACCUAGUUCGCGGUUUGACAACGGCGGUGUGUAGCGGUUAGCACGCGGCUGGACUUGCGAUCAAGAAGUCGCCGAUUCGACGAUCUCCUCGAGCGGGGGGGGGAGGGGGGGUGUAGGUGAAACGAUGAGGCAAGCUUCUUAAAUCCCACCCCGCCACUUGCGUCCACAUCGCACUGGAUCGACACGACAGUUCUGCGUGUAGGUGGGGUAAAAUGUGGGUAUGUGGGUAGGGCCGUCCAUAGUUGGAGGGGGUGCAGGGCCCAGGGCAAAUCGCACUUUGUGGGCCGUGCCCCCCCCCCCUUAAGGGACGGACGGCUACGCUUAUUGUUAUUAUCAUCAUUGAUUUCAAUCGACCACUUCUCGUCUGGCCAGCGUGGAAUAGUCGACCAAAAUUCCCGGUAGAACGGUGCUUCUCGAGUUUGUAGAGCUACCUGUGAGUUGGAGGUCUUUCGGCCAGCGGUGGCAUGAACAGGGAGUUGCAGGGGCUGCACUUCUACCUUGUCCAGUCGUUGGUUGGAGGGGGUGUGUGUGUGUGUGCGUAACGCGCGUUGUGGGAAGCGGUAGUGUUGCUGUCGGCGCGCUGUGCUACGAACCCGGCCGCUCGAGUUCCAUUGCUGCUCACGGCCAACACCGGUAACGAUUAUUUGAACCGGUCAUGGGCCGCCCCGAGGUCGACUCGGCCUCAAAUGAGUACAAUGGUGCGGUGUGUAAACGUCACCGCUUGGGAGACAAAGGCGACCCAGGCCGUGGUGUUGGCCACCCAACCCCCCUAAGUGUGCCGUGCCGGCCUUGAAUAGGCGCUACUCGCUAACUACACUUGCCCCAACAGUGUGGACAGGCUAUACGGGGGAUCAUUGUCUUUUUUUGCGUAACGCGUGUUCGUGUGGGUGUAGGCACCGCCUGUGGCCACACGGUGUCGCCCUGCGUCGGUGUUUGCACCACGCGCCGUUUUACAACGUGAACUGUGGCCAAAAUCCUAGGACGAGACUUCAUUCCACAUCGUGUUCUCGUCUUGGACAGACAAACAGUUAUACACAACAGCUUUAUAUUUUUGCAGCACAUUGCAAUGUUAACAAAAAUAUAUUCUAUUUUAAUACUCCCAUUUCCUACGAAGUUAGAGUGAUGAUAGUAAAACCCCUCAAGUCGAUGCCCCCUUGGGACUUUUCAGACCCAGUGUAUUCCGGCAGCAUUUAGCCGUGCAAACCCUUGUGCUGGUUUAUUGAUUAAAUGAGUCUCAUCAGCAGUGUGUGGCCCCGCUACACGGUUUAUUCAUGUCAUUUUCAUCAAACCCCCCCCUUUUGGCGUGAUGCGUUUUAGUUGCAGAGUUAUACAGCCUUGCUAAAUCAAGAAUGUUCAUUUCCACAUACGUUUUUGCACGUGAUCAUUUUUUUUUUUACACGCGAACUUCCGCAAUUGUUUGGACUGUGUUUAAUACCGUUCGGCGCUCGGCCACCACCUGUUGCUUAUGAUGGUCGCAGAGUCCGCAGGUGAUGGUGCUGUUGAGGGAAUGACGUCCCGCAAAGAUAGCCGAGGCAGCCAAAUUCCCUACAGGCGAAACAAUUAAGCUAUUUUAUAUUUCUCCUUGGUUCUUUCGGUAAAGUCACG